AUGGCAGCAAGAGCUUCAUUUUCUAGUGAUUCAAGCAGGAUAGUAAAUAACAUGAUGCCGGGGGCGGCAUCAUUGUCAAACAAUUCUAUACUACUGCUUAAGGAUCACCUACUCGAUGAUCUUAGCUCCUGUUCGUCUAAUGGCUUUCGGUCCUAUCCUCGGAGACAACAUCAAUGCUGCACCAAGGUCCGAUACCUUAUCCAACUUGAUCUUAUCAAAAAUAAUAAUAAUAAACACAUUCAGCUUCCACCACCAACACAAAAUAAUAAGCACUUGUUCUUCUUCAAAAACAAAUAUUCAAAAUCCAAAAAACUACUCAUCAACAUUUCGUCUUCAUCUUCGGUGCUUCACAAGGCUUCCAAUGCCGUGGUUAAUGCGUUUAAGAAGCUUCAGUUCUCGUCCCCUCGGAAGCCUAAUAAGAAACCAAAAGCAAAAGCUACUGCUAGCAGUAGUAGUAUUCUACCAAGAAAUCUUUCUAGGAAUAAGAAGCUGCCCAAACACAGGGGCUUAUGGAAGCAAACAAGUGAGAAGAAGCACAUUUCACCUCGGGCACCGUCAAAAGUGACAGUCACUACUGCCGACAUUAUUAUUAAAUCAACCUCCACCCUGAGCAGUAACAGUAACAGUAACAGUUUCGUGUCGUCUGAUCAUAGCUACUUUAGUAAAUCCGAGUCAUCAUCUACGACUACUAUAGGCGGUUCUAAUUCCAACGUAAUCAAUCAUAAUGCUGCUCAUGACGUGUUAGAAGAAGCUACUGAGAAGCACACAACAUCUGUAACAGACACUACUACUACUGCUAACGCAAACGCACAGAAAGAGCAAUCGAGUAUGGAGAAAGAUCAGUUUAGUCCGGUUUCUGUAUUGGACUUCCCGUUCGAUAACGAUGAUGACAACUAUGAAGAAGAUGAGGUCACUUCACCUUUUCGACGUAGCAAAUUAUAUGUCAAAGGAUCUAAACAAAAACUCAUUCAACGAACUAAGAGUCUUGCUCAAAUAAAGCCAGUUCGAUUGGAAGAUAGGAUUAGUUUGGCAGAGUCAAGGACAAAUGAUUCAAUAAGUGAUCAAUUAUCCUUGCAAAGUAAAAGUGAGUGUGAACUAAAUGAUUAUGAGAUGGAAAAGAAAGCAAUUGCAUUGCUUCAACUAUUGAAAGCCACGAUGCCUUCUCAUCGUCAUCAUCAUCAUCAUCUAUUUGAAUCCACCACUAUGACAGAAAGUAUUUUGUUGGGAUUUUUCGCACAACGAAUUAUGGAAGGGAAUGUGUCUAAUUACACUGUAUUGCAAGAAGCAAAAGACUGGAUCAAUGAUCAAACAAAAGAUAUGUUCGAGACUCAAGAUUGCAAGCUAGCGUAUAUAAGGGAUAUGGAGAAGGGAGCAAAGUGGUUCAAGUACGACGAAGAAGUAGAAACACAAGAUGUCGGUUUGGAAUUAGAGUAUGAAGUGUUUACUUCUUUAGUCCAAGAGAUGUUACAUGACUUUUAUUUAUAG